CUGGAUAGAUAACUGCUAGAACUCUUGUGGAUCAAAGGAGACACUGGAUAGAUAACUGCUAGAACUUGUGUGGAUCAAAGGAGACACUGGAUAGAUAACUGCUAAAUGAUGUGUGGAUCAAAGGAGACACUGGAUAGAUAACUGCUAAAUGAUGUGUGGAUCAAAGGAGAUACUGGAUAGAUAACUGCUAGAACUCGCCCUAACCUUGUAUUAUUUCACCUAUUCACAUUGUUUCAACUGUCCGCCACUAGAGGCCAGUGUUUCCCCAAGUAAUUUUUACGUGACUUAAAGCCGUCAAAUCAAAAUAAGCCUUUUUAAUCCAAGUUGUGAAAGGCAACAGUAAAACAUGGCUUCCAGACGCAAGUGCGGUUAAAGGUCAACGUUUCUGUCCAAACUGCAUUGGCGCAAUUGUGACGUCAUUGACAAACUGACGAGUAGCUACAUUUUUAAUGUGCACACAUCUCUGUUUUACUUGCUUUGUUGAAAAUGACUAAAUGUGUGGAAAACAAAUGUCACGUCACCAAGAUAAAAGGUCAUUUUUUAAAGUGUUUCCAGGCUCCGCCCCUUGGUAGGCGGGGCCCUGUAGCGGCGUGGAGGACACGAGGACCCCCGCGACCAGUCGCAGUUCUCCGGCUGCCACUCCAUCUCCACCCGGGCCUCCUUCACCACAUCCCCGGGGGCCAGCGAGGACCACUGCGGGGCGGCGCCGCUGCUUCUCCGUUUUCCUGCCGACGAAGACGGCACCAUGGCGGAGAGAAGUGGCCGGCUGAGCUUCCCCGGCAUCGGGGCUCUCAACAGACCGGUAGCGAUGAACCUGUUCGCCACCCAGGAGAUAGACGGUUCCUCCCCGAACUGCAUCCCGCGGUUGUGUAUUUUGACGGUGAAGAAGCUGCUGGUGAUGAAAGAACUGGACAAGGAAAUCAUCUCUGUGGUCAUUGCCGUCAAAAUACAUGGCUCAAAGCGCAUUCUGAGGUCCCAUGAGAUCGUGUUGCCUCCCAGUGGAUUUGUGGAGACAGAUCUAGCUCUCACUUUUUCACUGCAGUACCCACACUACCUGAAGCGGGAAGGCAACAAGCUGGAGAUCCUCCUGCAGAGACGCAAGCGCUACAAGAACAGAACCAUCCUGGGCUACAAGACGCUGGCGGCGGGCUCCAUCGACAUGGCGGAGGUGAUGCAGCAUCCCACAGAAGGAGGACAGUUUCUUUCUCUGUGUGGCAACCAGAAGGACACGCUGGGCAAGGUGGCGGAGAUCUGGAUCUUCUCGCUGUCCAGUCAGCCCGUCGACCACGAAGACGCCGCACAGGGAGGACAGAAGACCAAAUGUUCUGACAACUACUCGGAGGAGGAGUACGAGAGCUUCUCUUCGGAUCCGGAGGCCAGCGACGACGCCGUGCAAGCUCAGGACCUGGAGGACGACGACUACGACGCACGCAAGCCAAAGAAGCUGAGGAGGUCCAUCGUCAGGACCACGUCCAUCACCAGACAGAACUUCAAGCAGAGGGUGGUCGCUCUUCUCAAGAGGUUCCGAGUUUCUGACGAGGUUCUGGACUCUGAGCAGGAUCUGGCUGAGGCUCCUCCCGAGGUGGAGGAAGAGGAUCUGGACAGUGUGGAGUUUGAGAACCCCAGCGAGAGCGAAGCAGAACUGGACGACGACGACAGCGUCCUGAGCACACCGAAACCCAAACUCAAGCCAUAUUUCGAGGGUUUGUCGCUGUCGAGCUCGCAGACGGAGAUCGGGAGCGUCCACAGCAGCCAGCUGGAGUCGGCCAGUGUGAUCCACAACGACGCCAGCAAACUCGGCCAUGAGGACGACAAUGUGUCUGAGCGUGUCUCAUAUGAGCAUCCCGAGGCCGUGACGCCGACCACGGAGCUGGAGCUGGACAACAUGGACACAUUCCAGGACAGACUGCCCCCCAGUGGCAGGAUGACCAAGACCGAGUCGCUCAUCCUGUCAUCUACCAGCCAGGAGCCUAAAAUAGCGGGAAGGCGAGGUCGCAGCACAUCUCUGAAGGAGCGUCAGCCCAGCAGACCUCAAAACGAGCGAGCUAACAGUCUGGACAACGAGCGUGCGACGGACACUCGCAGCCACCUGCAAAUCCCGAGAAAGACGGUGUAUGACCAGCUGAACCACAUCCUGGUGUCUGACGACCAGCUUCCUGACAGCAUCAUCCUCAUCAACACGUCCGACUGGCAGGGCCAGUACCUUUCAGACGUGCUCCAGAACCACCGCCUGCCGGUGGUCUGCACUUUCAGCACUGCAGACAUCCAAGCUGCUUUCAACACCAUCGUGUCCCGCAUACAACGAUUCUGUAACUGUAACUCCCAGACGCCGGUCCCCAUAAAGAUCGCGGUGGCAGGAGCUCAGCGUUACCUGAGCGCCGUGCUCCGCCUCUUUGUGGACCACCUGACCCACAAGACCCCUGACUGGCUGGGGUACAUGAGGUUCCUCAUCAUCCCGCUCGGCUCACUUCCUGUCUCCAAGUACCUGAGCACCAUCGACCAGAAGUACUGCACCUUGUUCCACGAUGCCGCAUGGAAGGACCUCUUUGAAAAGACGCAGGCUCCUCUCGUGGGCCAGGAGAGUCCAGACGUUGUUUCCAGGGUGAGGCAGUACAUGGCAGGAGCCAACGGAGCUCACCAGCUUCCCAUCGCUGAGGCCAUGCUGACAUACAAACAGAAGAGCGCCGAUGAGGACUCAUGUCAGAAGUUCAUCCCAUUCAUCGGCGUGGUCAAAGUCGGGAUUGUGGAGCCAACAUCAGGAGACUUGGAGGAUGUGGCGCCCACCAGCUCCCUCAUGCUUGCCACCUCACCUCAAGUAUCACCCGCCCUCAAAGAGGCGUCGCCCACCCCGCCCUCCUCACCAUUAGUUAACACCGGCUUCUGUGUAUACAGCUCGGGCGUUCAGACGGAGCUGAUGGGUCUCCAGGUGGACUAUUGGGCGGUGGCCAGCGAGAGGAAGAAGGAAGUGGAGAAGCGGGACCCUUUGGCCAAAAACACGCUCAAGUGCAAUUUCCGCUCGCUGCAGGUCAGCCGGCUGCCAGCGAGGGGCGCCGAGCCCGGGCCGCAGCCCGCCAUGUCCAUGACGGUGGUGACCAAGGAGAAGAACAAGAAGGUGAUGUUCCUGCCAAAAAAGAGCAAAGACAAGGAGGUGGAGUCCAAGAGUCAGGUGAUCGACAGCAUCAGUCGCCUCAUCUGCGCCGCCAAGCAGCAGCAAACCAUGUUGACAGUGUUGAUUGACGGCGUGGAGUGGAACGAUGUCAAGUUCUUCCAGCUGGCGGCGCAGUGGUCCUCCCACGUCAAACACUUCCCCAUCGGGAUCUUCGGCCACAGCAAAGCGUCUUACUGAAGUGCGACUUCACGUGAGCGGCCUGGAAGAUGUUGGCUCCUUCACACUUUCUUCCACUUCUUUCUCAUCUUUUUAUUUGCUGUCGCCACCUUUCCCUCUCAGACUUUGAAGACGGGAGUACUGUUUGAAGAAGAAGAUGACCUCUAACCUUUCACACAGUGGACAAAGGGCCGGUGUCCUCCUCGGUUUGGCUUGGACUGAAAGCACACUUGACUCCAGAGUAUAUAUUUUUAAGACAAGGAAAGAGGAGGAACGUUUUUUCUAACCAAGAAUUGUUGGUUUGUGUGUGUUCCAGAGUUCUGUGCAAUUGUACAUCUUCCAUUGAUAAUAAUAAUAAUAAUGAUUAGGUGUGUCCCGAUCCGAUUUUGAUAUCAGUUAACAGUCUGAUACCAGCAAAAAAAUAAGUACGGGAUGAUAUCGGCGAUAUGAGCUCCAAGUUAACAUCUAAAUGUCCUCCAAUAAGCACAAAUAAGUAUUUUCUGCUGUUUUGCACAAAAGGUAAACAUGGUCGGCUAUCUGCUCCUGGGAGCUAGCAGCUACACAACAGCCAAGCACACAAGAUGGAAAUACGUAACUAGGAAUGGGUAUCGAAGCCGGUACUUUUUUGUCUUUAUCCCAGUCCUAACGGGCACCGAUUCACGUGAAAUCCAUCAGUACCACGUUACGACUCUUUGCACUUACGGCACUAGGUGAUCACUCCAGCAGCACUGAGAGCUGAGAACUACCUCUCAGUAAUGUAGCAAUUUCAAGAAACUGAAGCAAGAAAACCCUCCAAUGUAAGUGAAGUACGGCGCCACGUUCCCCAAAAAAUGCUCUCGCUUGAUGCUAACAUCUUUGCUGUUGACAUGUUACUGAUUAGCAUUAGCGAUUUUACAUGGCAAUUUUAACACCUCCAAAUUUGUCAAUAAUAACUACAACUAAGAUGCACGUUACAAUCAAACAGCUGCCGUGUACUAAGCACAAUACUUACAGUAUUAACAUUUUGUAGGGCGCAACAGACAGCAACGACUGGACUGAUCUCCAAGUACACACCAUUAACUACACACUACUGACCUGCAAUGGACUUGAACUUGCAACUGUCUUUGGCAAUCUGACUUUUCAGAAUAAAACAAGAUUUAAAAACUGGACAUCAGUUAUCAUAAUCAGCUCAUUUUUAAAUGUGGAAAAAAAUGUUUUAUUUAUUAACAUACACAAAAGUACUAAAAAUCGGUACCGUUGAGUACUAGUACAGAUUUCCAGGUACCAGGAAUCUCUACUGUAUCGGUUCAAAUGAGAACGGCAGUCCUCCCUGUGUGUGAUACCUACACUUAAUACAACACACCAGUCUGGAACAGCACAUUUUUUAACAUAAAUAAGUAUCAAAAUAUUAUAUUUGCAUAUUUCUUACCCAUACAAAGCCUCAAAGGCUUUAUAUGUGUAAGUAUGUGUAAAGUAUCUAGUAAGAAAUGUGUCCGCAUCAUGAGCUUAAGUUAAUAAUUUAUUUCUACCACACUAAAUAAAUGAACAGCAUACAUUUGUCAAAGUAUUCAUGUUUGUCAAGCCCACCUGCUUUUUGCUUCAUUUCACUUUGUGACAGUCUCUUGCUGUCGUCGCUCGGGUUGAGUGGACCACCCAGGAAGGACAUGCUUUUGAGCAGGUUUGACCUCUUUAUCUUUCACAAAACCUUGGCUGUGGUUGGGUCGAUUUUCAGCUCCUUCCUCCUCCUGCUCGCUCACGGUCCACUCAUUCAGCCGCCGUCGUCUUCCUCCUCGCGUCUUGCUUCCUCUUUGCUCUCCACUCACUGCUGCGGACACUCCACCACCUCCUCUGAUCUUUUUUCCCUCUCCACUUUUAUACACUGCGAGGAGAUAAGUCAAUCGUGUGCCAAGAUUACGGCACGCCCCGCCUCUCCGCCGCAUUCUCCGCCUCCUUGCUGCCAUCUUGGGCAGGGCUCCAGCGUGUCCUGCCUCGCUGUCAGACCGUCGGCUCCGCCUCUCCACACUUCAUCAAACAUUUUGUUCACAUUCUACACUACAAAAUAUUAAACGUAUGUAUUGUGAUUGGUGCUGAUAUCGUGUAGGGCUAAUAUCUGUAUUGGACCAUAUUCAAGGCUCCAAUAUCGGUAUAGUAUCAGAAGUGUAAAAAGUUGUAUCGGGACACUCCUAGUGACAUUAAUGGCUAAUUAGAUUAGCAUCUUGUCUAACAAUCAUGAGCUUUUGCGGACAGUAACAAACAUGUUUUCAACCAAUCUGCUGCUUGUUGAGCUAAAAGUACAAACGUUUGAAGUCUUCUUUGCUUUGUUGACGAGCAGAAGAGGAGACGACUGGGCUAGUUAGCUUAGCAUCUGCGAUAUCCUUACCUGGAAUUCUGGGAGUGAAUUUGUCUAAUUCUCUGAUGGUUUGGCGACGCAUCAUCGUCAUACUUUCUGUGAUUAUUUGUGUACGUCUGAGCAAUCACUCUGUUGAUUUUGAAAUACAUCCGGCCAAAGAUGAAACCUGUGCCUGUUUGAAGUCAUCAUGCUAUGCUAGUGGAACACUUUGCAACUGAUCACUGUCAAACUCUCAGCAAUAUUAGUGUAUGUCCCAGCAAGAACACUAUUGAUUUUUGAAAGACAUACGAGACAAGAUGGCCGAAGAAGUCCAAUCUAUGCAGUACAUGUCCUGCUGGUCCUCUUCAAAGGUUCAGCGGUGGUCAGUCCGUACUUGAGCAAGUAGACUGUUGACUUUCACACUUUUUUAACCAUUCUUCAAUGUCAGAGCAACAAUACUAUUGAUUUUGAGGACUCUAACAUAGUAAAAAUAGCUAAAUGCUAAACGUGGCAUCAUAUUCACUAGAAAUAAUAUGUUUUCUCCACAAAAAAACAAAAACGGUCUCUUCAAACGAGUUUGACUGCUAGGAUUCGAACACUUUUCUUGGAAUACCGUAUUUCCUUGAAUUGCCGCCGGGGUGCUAAUUAAUUUAAAACCUCUUCUCACUCCGGCACUUACCAAAGGCAUGCGGUAAAUUUAGGCCUGCGCUUAUAAAUGUGAGUGUGAUGUAAGGAUGCCAUCACGAAAAGCACAUUUAAUAAAAAAAACGUUAUUAUGGUCUUACCUUUACUUAUAAAUGAAGUCCAUGCGCAGCUCCUUCUGAUCAAAAGCAUGGAUAACUUGUUUAUAGAAGUCUUCCUUAUCUUUCUUCAGUUUUAAAAGUCUCUCUGUCUCGAUGGAGAUCUUCCUUUAUUACCUCCUGCUUCCAUUGAAAGUCCAGUUUAGAAAACUGUUAUAUUUUAGAUAUGUAAUCCUCCAUGUUAAAAGUGCAAGCGAGAGGAAAAACUAAAGGAUCGCUGCUCACUCUUGCUGCUUGUUGUCACUUCUUCUGCAGCCGAGUAGUCGCAAGAAGGAUCACUAGCGCCCUCUACCACCAGGAGGUGGGAGUCAUUUAAUGACUCAUAUUUGACACACGCAGCUACGGUAUAUUAAUAAAACAUUGCUGCUUACUGUUCUUUUGAGCAUAUUCAAUAGCUUGGACCUUAAAUCCUACUGAAUAGCUCUUAAUCUUCUUCCCUUUAUGCGAUUUCAAAUGAUUGAAAUCAGCCUCCUCCAUUUUGAAAAUGAUGACAGGUGAAGUGUCACUCGUGACGUGACGAGUUUGACCCGGCGGGAAUUCUAGGCAUAUGCUAAUUAUUUUGCGAAACGAGUUUGACCCGGCAGUAAUUCUAGGCAGGUGCAUACUAUAUACCCGGCGAAAAUUCAAGGAAAUACGAUAUUCAUUCUAGAAGUCUUUUCAACACUUCUGCAAACGUGUGUGCGUGUGUGUGUGCGUGUGUGUGUGUGUGUGUGUGUGUGUGUGCGUGUGCGUGUGCGUGUGCGUGUGUGUGUGCUCAUACUGUGAAUGUAGAGAAGCACUUUUCAGCGUUAGUUUGGUCCUCAGUGAAUGCAAGGCGGACAGGAAGCUGCAAACACAAGAUUGUGAUUGAUUGUGUUCAAUAUGAUUGAUUGUUGUGAUUAAUGUCAUUAAUUAGUGUGACUGAUUGCAUGGACUGGACUGAGCUCAGCCUGUUUGUCAUCAUGUACUGUAAGACAGACGGUGAAUGAUCCAACUGUACACAAUGUAAAUGAAAAGUCAUUUCAUUCAAAUGUCUAUAAAAUGAUUGCUAAUCUA